GCACGUAAUUGUAGCAGAGGGGCGACCGAAGCAAUACCCACUAAAAUAGCCGCUUCCAUACAUUAGUUUGCGUGCUUUGCACUACCAGUCACAUAUCUACAGACAUACACACACACACACACUCACUCAUUUACACCCACCUACUAGCCGCCUACUGUUGGGUAUUGAUUGUUUUUGCACGUGAUAUUGAAACAAAGCAAAUAAUAUAUGCAAUGGCGCAAUGCAGCCCAAAAGAAUGCUAUGCCUAAUUUACAACGAUCCAAUGGAUUUCACUAUAACGGACAAUAAUAUGGGCCGUGACAUUUGAAUCGUCGUUCCUCCCUUUCUUACUGUAACCUAAAGUUCAUGUCAGUUUAACAAAAUUAUCUAAAUUUAAAAUUUUUAAUUUACGUUAUUUUUUUAAGGUAAGACGUUAUGCAAUGCUAUAAAUUGGUAGAGCCGGACAUUCGCUGUAGUAAACAAAUUUAUAACACUAGUGAUAAGCCAUAGUUUUGUGAUUUAUCAAAAAGUGAAACCAAACAUUGUCUUAGCUUAGCCAUGUUUUGGGCGCUUGUGCCUGGCCAGGUCAAGUUGGCUGUUUACCAUAUAGCCAUCCCAAAGCUGACUCCCGACUUGCUCUGUCUAAGUCGCAAGAACGCGAAGAUAAUGGCUGUGGCGCGUCUAGCGCUUAGUCAUGACAGCAGAAACCGUCUACUGUUGCAGCAAAGCUUGCCCCAGUCAGACAAAGAACAACAACACCGGCAACAACAAUAUUUACUCAGCUCCCAGGUUCAAAGUUCAAAAUUUACUGUGAGACAUUUGCACACCCCAUACGCGGAGCCACUUAAAAUGUUUUACUCCAUGUACGCUUACCUGUCGAAUCUGCCGCGAUUGCAUGUGUUGGGUUUCGCAAUUCUAGCGUAUGUCAUCUAUUACCUCAUACAGGUUGUCAAGCGUCCGAUUAUUGCCUGCGCCGAUGGACCCUUCAAACAAUAUCUCAUUAAGAAAGUGCCAACGCUGGAGAACAAGUACUGGCCAACAUUCUGGUGCGUUGAGAGUCGGGCCCAGACGGUGCUGGCAAGUCUGCUCCGCUCAAAGACAUUGCCGCGCAUGAAUUACCGCAGGGAAAUUCUGAGUCUAAAGGAUGGCGGCGAAGUGGCCCUGGACUGGAUGGAGGAGGGCUGUGAUAAGCAGACUGCGCCCUGCAUUAUAAUAUUGCCUGGAUUGACAGGUGAAUCACAAGCGGAGUAUAUAAAGUGUCUAGUCUUGGCCGCCCAAGAGGCAGGCAUGCGCGUUGUUGUCUUCAACAAUCGUGGUCUAGGUGGGAUUGAACUAAAGACGCCACGUCUGUAUUGCGCCGCCAACUGUGAGGACCUGUGCGAAGUCAUACAACAUGUGCGUCGAACCUUGCCAGCGCGUUGUAAACUAGGCGCUACAGGCAUUUCUAUGGGCGGCCUGAUACUUGGUAACUACUUGGCACGUAAGAGCGACGAGGCACGCUCCAUUUUGUCAGCGGCUAAAAUAAUUUCGGUGCCUUGGGAUGUGCAUAAGGGUUGCGCCAGCAUUGAGAAGCCGGUGCUGAACAGCCUGUUGGGCCGUCAUCUAGCUGGUAGCUUGUGCCGUACUUUGCAAAAUCAUUUGGACACCUAUAGGGAUAUAUAUCAGGAUUCGGAUAUUGACAUUCAGCGUAUACUGCGGUGUAAGACCAUCAAAGAGUUCGAUGAGUUGUUUACCGCAAAGCAAUUUGGAUACGCUCAUGUCAACGAUUACUACACGGAUGCCACGCUGCACAAUAAGCUUGAUCACAUAUCCGUACCUCUACUAUGCCUUAGUGCUGCUGAUGAUCCAUUUCAGCCGUUGGAGGCGAUACCUAUUAAGGCAGCGAACCAGUGUACUCACGUGGCCAUAGUAAUAACAGCACGCGGGGGUCACAUUGGAUUCUUGGAGGGUUGGUGGCCAUCUACCAAGGAUCAAUAUAUGGGUCGACUGUUUACUGAAUACUUCAGCAAAGCGCUCUUUGACGAGGACGGCGAGUUCGAGCAUACAGCCAAUAAAAUGCAUGAACAUUUUCUCGCUAAGCAAAUAGUAGCACUGGAGGCACGUCUUGCUGUUCCACCGUUGCUCUUAGAAAAGCCUACAGAACACUUGGAGCAUAAAAUGAAGUUGAUUUAGAUGGAGCGUUCAGUGAUAUACAUAGGCCUUUCAACUACUCUACUACUCUAUAAAUGUGUUGUUUAUUUAGGCUUUUGUUAACUGCAGAAAUAAAUACGUAUUCCGAAUCCAUAUAAA